CUGUCGGUUGCAAUCACCAGUGGGUUGCUUUGCUAGCAUCUCGUAGAUUCAACAAUGAUCGGAAUUGUGAUUUUGUGUGCGCUUUUUAUUGCCCACGGAGCAAAUGCUCAAGGCCAGUGGAAGGCGUUAAAUCCCGAGCAAGCCCUUUUUAUCUAUACCAGAUGUCAGGAGGAUAACCUUCCAUCCGGACCUAGCCGAGCUGAAUACAUCACCAAUUGGCACCAGUUUAAGCUGGAACCCAACGAUGCGAUAACCCAGUGCUACACCAAGUGCGCCCUCGAAGGUUUAGGAGUGUACGAUGGCAAGGAUAAAGAGUUUAGGUCCAACAGAAUCAUCACCCAACAUGAAGCCUAUAGAUCGAUCAUCGGAGCCAACGAUGAUGAAGUGGCGCAGUUCAAGCAGGCAGUUUCUGAACUCAACGCCGGCAGUGGUAGUUGUGCUGAUGUGUACAACGCCUACUUGCCAGUUCACAACCGUUUUGUUGGUGUAAUACGACAGCUUUACCAUGGCACCGUCGAAGGAGUGGCAAAGAUUUACGCCGCAGAUCCAAGCAUAAAGAAAAAAGGAGAGUCCUACUUUGCGUACUGCGAGAAGCGCGUUUAUGGGGACAGCAACAAGGACGACCUGUGCAAGGCUCGGCAGUACGAACUCACCGGAAGCGCACAGUUGAAGGACUCCAUCGAUUGCAUUUUCCGAGGACUUCGCUACAUGAACGAAAAUGGUAUAAAUGUUGAUGAAAUCGUUCGGGACUUCAAACUCGUCAACAAAGGCGACCUCGAGGGGAAUGUUAAAUUGACCCUUUUAAAAUGUAGAGGUGGCAGGGCCUAUGAUUACUACACGUGUCUGGUUAACAGCGAAAUGAAGGAAGAUUUCAAGAAAGCUUUCGACUUCCGCGAGGUUCGUUCCGCCAACUAUGCUUACCUGGUACAAGGCAAGGUAUAUGAUCCAGCUUCGGUAGCGGCAGAGGUGGCCAAAGCUGAUGCCACAGUUUGCUAAAUAGAUGCUGGAGACCUUGCGGCAUAUUGAAAACCCAUCGGAUUACUUGCUUUUUGGAUCAAUAUAACAGAGAAUGAAGUUUGUUGCAACUCAA